GAUAGUGUUUAUGAUAUCUCUUUUAACACACCUGCUGUUGUAAGUUUCAGUUUCACUUUCUGUUCACCAAAAGUAGGAUUUUGUGCCUGACACACACAGUCAGUCAUCACUCUCGAGUGCAACUAUGGAUACAGAAGAAAAUGUUUUAUGUACUCACUGCAAUAAAGAAGUGGCUAAAGCGAACUUUGACCUACAUGAACCGCACUGUCGGAGGUUUCUGUGCCUGUGUCCUGACUGUGACGACACUGUCCCACGAGAGCUACUGGAAGAACAUAAAUCUGAACAACACGCACAGGUAAAAUGUCAGAAGUGCAAUAAAAAAAUGGAACGAAGGCAUCUGUUGGACCACGAGACAAAUGAGUGCUCAGAACGGCUACAGAGCUGUGAGUAUUGUAGUCUAGAGCUGCCUCUGAAAGACCUAUUGAAGCACAGUUUGUCAUGUGGGAGCCGCACAGAGCGCUGCCAUGAUUGUGGCCGUUACGUCCAGUUUAAAGACCAGCUUCAACACACAAACAACUGUUCAAAAACCCACCCAACGUCAAAGAGUUCAAGCUCUGAAGACGAUGAAACUGAUGAUGAGUCCACCUCAAGAUGUUGGAAAUGUCAGCAGUCCAUUCCUUUAGACAGUCUAGACGAGCAUGAGCUGGAGUGCAAAAAUGCCUUACAGUUUAUUAGAAAGGAUGUUGAUUUUGAUGACACUGCAGACUUCUCAUUCUCAAAGUAUCAGAGGGUAAAGAAAGAAAGACAUAUGGAGGAUCUUGAUAAAAUAAGCACCUGUAAACUCUGUCACCUGGCACUUCCUGUUAAGAUUCUUAAAUGGCAUCAGCAAAAAUGUGAAUUAAAUAAACUUCUGAGCCUGGCACAAUGAAGACUUGUGCAAGCAGAACUAUGAAUGGUUGCUGGGAAUACGAUUGAAAACUCAGUAAUCACAAAUGAGGGUGUGACAUCACAAUUGCAAAUAAUAAUUAUAAUAAUAAUAAAAAAAUGACAAUAAUAUUAAACACUUUACAUAAUUACAGUUAAAGGCUAUUGUUUGGUUUCAGUGUGAUAAUAGCCUAAGUUAAGUAACUUAGAUACUGUGUAGGAGAAAUACUACAAGAAGUUUUUUGAAAUAUGCAAUAUGUAUAUAUGUUGUCCUUUUUUUUCACCACUUUGUGCCUGGUAUAUCUGAACAAACUUUAAUUUUGAUUGUGUUGCAAUAAAGAUUUAAAAAGA